AUGGACGGGAACGCACCGGUUGCCACGCCAUCGAGACGACGCGGGACUCGAAUGCGCGUGCUCAGCGAGCUUGAGGACGGGAACCUUGCAUGUGUGUUCCCAAGAGUCGGACACGUCGUCGAAACUGUAAACCUGCGCCUGCUCAGCGAGCUUGAGGACGGAAACGACCUUGAAUCCGUGUUCCCGAGCGGCGGAAACGCUGUCGAAAGCCGUAUCGAUUGGGGGGCAGGGAACAAUGAGACCUAUGCAAAAACACACAGAGCACCCCCAAUCUAUUCAAAGGCCUACAUCCGUUCAACCGGUGCAGCUCGACACAUGCGCUCCGCUCGUUGUGAAUCGCCCCUUGACAGCCCGCCUUGCUGCGGAUUCCAGUACGCGAUUGGGGAAUGGACUGGACGCGGUGGUGAUGUGGUGGAUGUGUUGUGGUGUUGCCGUGGUUUCGCAUCGGCCGCAUAUACCGUGGAGAUGUGGAGGGAGGUGCCUAGUCGGUGUCCUAAGGAUGCCAUUGCAGGUCUGCGCUACCCUAAAAUCUGGCUCUCCAAUAUCCCAGGCGGCACUCCUGUUGAAUGCGAGUCGGGAACGCCGCAGCAAGCAGGCAAGGGCAUUCGUAUCGACGCGUAUGUCCCAUAUACGGGCAAUGUCGAUUCAUAG